UACAACCCAGGGAAAGCUCCUAGAACUCACACUUGCACCUCCCGCUGCGCGCAAAACUCCAGCCGGCGAGCGCUGCGUGAGACAGGACGGCUCGGAUGUUGCGCACGCAGCGAGGCGGAGCACAUUAUCGGGUGUAGAAGACGCCGAGGAGCAAUUAUUAGCAACAACUUGAAGAGAUUCUCUUCUUUCUUUGAUACUUUUUUUUUUUUCUCGCACCUGCCGCUCGUGGGAUUGCCGCGCGUCUUCUUGCUGGCGUGUGCGCAACCGAGGAGGCGUUUAGGGACUCGGUGCGCAUCUGAGGAAGGUGACAUGAAGGUGCUCGGGUGGACCACACUCGUCCUCUGCCAGUGCAUCCUACGCAAGGUCCAAGGGUUGGACAAGAAAGUGGACUUCUCCGACCUGGGCCAGGUGGGCUCGGCGAUGAAGACUCUACCUUACAGCAUGGCCGGAGGCACAGGUGGAGCACCACCAGGAGGAGCGGGUAAACCUCCAUACCAAACCCGAGUCUUCUCUUCCUCCUUUGACCAGACACCCCUGAAAUCCAAGCCGCCCACCUACAGUUUCUUUAACCCUUACGACACGGCCAGGAACCUGUCCCUGCUGGUAGAUCAGACAGGGUACCGCUCAAAGCGUAAGCCCUCUCUGAAGACGGCCAUGAAGACUAAGAAGAUCUUUGGCUGGGGGGAUUUCUACUUCAACGUCAAGACCCUCAAGUUCAGCUUGUUAGUGACAGGGAAGAUCGUGGACCACGUCAACGGGACGUUCACUGUGUACUUCCGUCACAAUUCGUCCAGUCUUGGGAACGUGUCAGUCAGUAUUGUCCCGCCCACCAAAGUGGUGGAGUUCGAGGUCCUCCAGCAGCAGUUCUUGCACCCCCACAGCCAACAAGAGGUCCAGAUCCAAGAGACCCAGCAAUCCACCGUCGACCCCAAAGAGGUGAAGACUUUUAACUGCCGGGUGGAGUACGAGAAAACCAACAGGUCCAAGAAGCCCAAACCCUGCCUGUACGACCCGUCCCAGACGUGCUUCACGGAGCACACCCAGUCGCACGCCGCCUGGCUUUGCGCUAAACCCUUCAAAGUCAUCUGCAUCUUCAUCUCCUUCUUUAGCAUCGAUUACAAGUUGGUUCAGAAGGUGUGCCCGGACUACAACUUCCAAAGUGAGCACCCUUACUUUGGAUAAAAAAAGGAAAGAAGAAGGACUGAUGGGAAUGAUAGUCAUAUUGAUUACAUAUUGAUGGAGCAGGGAACACUUUCUUGCCUCUAAGCUGCUGUGAUUUCAAACAAGUAUCAUCAGAGUUUUGGAUGCUUAGGAUGAGGUGUUGUCCUUUUGUCCUUUUUCCCCCUCCCUUCAACUUUCCCUUUUUUGGAGCUCUUUGUGUAAAUAUUGAUCUCACCCCUCAGCGCACUUAUUGUUUUGAUAUAUUGGUUUCUUAGUCUGCUUACCGUACUGACUUCAAAACAAGAAGGUAUAUUUUCCCCUAGAAAAAAAAAAAAGUAUGAAAAGGGCAGGUCGUCUUAUAUUCGGGGUACAAUGUACAUGCAAACCACUUGCCGUAACUUCUCCCCCUGGCAAGUCAGAGCUUUUCUUCCUGUUAUUCACAAACAUGUACAGUAUAAUGCUGAUUGGGGUACGAUCAAUGAGGCAAAGUAACCAAGCAACUAUCUAGCAACAAAUAUGGAAAUAUUAUAUAUCUUGUUAUGAAAAAAAUGUCUGUAAUUGUAUCCGAAUAUUGUUUUUUUUUUAACCAAAAACAGAAGGGUUAAAAAAACAAACCAACAAAUGACGCCAGACACCUCAAAAGUUGUUAGCACGUUACCAAAUAAUAAGGCGGUGCUAAAUUUAAAGGGGAACUGCACUUUUUUUAGGAAUUGAGUCCAUCAUUCACAAUUCUUAUGAAAGACAAGAACACAUAUUGUUCGUUUCUUGUGCAUUCUAACGCCUAAAUAAAGGCUAGCAAAAGUCGACUAACAGUAGAGCCAAUGGGAGUUACUCCAUCCCACCUAUAAAGCGCUCUAAAAAAAACUCCUGCAACCCCCAGCAAUGUUUUAAAUACACGCUGUGACUAUAUAUUUAAUGUAGCAACAGGCAAAAACACAAUAACAUGAACUAUUUACAUGUUUUUCUCAGUCUAAGCAUACGGCGGCGUAUUUAAUUUGCUAGACGGAUCACAACAUUCGCGUUUCCCUUCAACAAUAACAACACUACUAAUCAUGGGAGACUUUAUGAGAGACAACAACGACUACUUUGGGGUAAAUUAUGAUCCAGAAACAUAUAUUUCUGAGCAUGAAUACAAUGAAGAUGGGCAACAAGUUAUGCAAGCUAUGUGCUGAACAGAUGCAGCUUUAGUAAAACACUAAGCACCAUGUAGCAGCAUUGCUAAGUUCUUAACAAGAUAUACAAACUAUCAACAUACUAAAACGAUCACUUACUGUACAAUGUCUGCUCUUGCUAAGAUGCCGAUUGAUGGGAUGUUUAUCUUUUUGUUGAGAAUUUUUCGUAAUUGUCAUAAAGACGAGCAUAUAUUUUUGUCUUUCUUGCCAUCUACGUGUCUAAUUUGGAUGUCAAAGUUGACCACUUCUUGAUUUAUGGCCACAUCCUUAUACUGUCCAAGUAAGAGGCAUGAUUCAAUAAUCGAGAAAUGACUUCCCUCAACUCACAGGCAAUGCAGCAGCAGCAGCAGCAAGUCAGUAGCUCUCUGUGAUCACACGGCACCGCUGAAAAUAGAUCGUCCGUGUUAGCGCUUGUAGUAAAAAUUUCGCUAACACUUUAAUAUUCAGGUCACGAGAUGUACCAACAAGGAAAAUCAUAAUAACAUCAAAUAUUUACAUGUUUUGCUCAUUCUAAGCAGACAGGGAAGUAUUUAGUUUGAUAGACAAACCACAAUAUUUGCGUUUCCCUUCAACAACAACAACAAUCAUGGAAGACUUCAUGAGAGACAACAAAAACUACUUUGGGGCAAAUUAUGAUUCAGAACAUAUAUUUUUGAGCAUGAAUACAAUGAGGAUGGGCAACAAGUUAUGGAAGCUAUGUGCUGAACAGAUGCAUCUUUAGUAAAACACUAAGCACCAUAAAGCAGCAUUUCUAAAUGCUUAACAAGAUAUACAAACUACCAACAUACUAAAACAAUCACUUACUGUACAAUGUCUGCUCUUACAAAGAUGCGGAUUGAUGGGAUGUUUAUCUUUUCGUUUACAAAUUCUCAAAAUUGUCAUGAAGAUGAGCAUAUAUUUUUGUAUUUCUUGCCAUCUAGAUGUCUAAUUUGGAUGUCAGUUGACCACUUCUCGAUUUAAAGCCACAUCCUUUUACUAUCCAAGUGAGAGGCAUGAUAAUCAAGAAUUGACUUUCUUCAACUUACAGGCGAUGCAGCAGCAGUAGUGGCAGCUCAGUAUGUCAAUAAAGCAGCAUGAGCUAGCUAGCUCUCUGUGAUCACAUGGCAUCGCUGAAAAUAGAUUGUCCGUGUUAGCGCUUGUAGUAACAAUAUCGCUAAUACUUUAAUAAUCUGGUCAUGAGAGGUAGCAACAGGCAAAAUCAUAAUAACAUGAAAUAUUUAAAGACUGCUCUGGGGAAAAUUAGGAUCCAGAAACAUAUAUUUUUCAGCAUGAAUAUAAUGAGGAUGGGCAACAAGUUAUGGAUGCUAUGUGCUGAACAGAUGCAGCUUUAGUAAAACACUAAGCACCAUGUAGCAGUAUUGCUAAGUGCUUCACAAGAUAUACGGACUACCAGGAUACUAAAACGAUCACUUACUGUACAAUAUCUGCUCUUACUAAGAUGCCAAUUGAUGGGAUGUUUAUCUUUUUUUUUAGAAUUUUUUUGUAAGUGUCAUGGAGAUGAGCAUAUACUGUUUUACUGAGCAGCAGCUGAGUAUGCCAAUAAAGCAGCAUAAGCUAGUUAACUCUUAAAAAUAAAUUGUCCGUGUUAGUGCUUGUCGUGACAAUAUUUCUAACACUUUAAUAUUCAGGUCACGAGAUGUAACUGUAAAUAUUGUCGGUUGGUUUGGAUGGCUUUUAGAGGGCUUUAUAGGCGGAAUAGUGUACUCCGAUUAACUGCAUUGUUAGCUACUUCUUACUUGACGUACAUUACUGUCACACCUGUAAGUUAUGUUUUGGUUUUGGUCAUGCUAUGUUUAGUUUUUGGACAUUCAGUCACGUUUUUCACUUCCUGGUUUUUUUUGUUUCCAUGCCAACGCAUUAGUUCCCACACUCGCACGCACCCUACCCAUGCUGUUCAAACCUUCACGUCCUCGUCCACAGUUCCAUGCCGUGUAAGUUUAUGUAUUCAUGCCACAGUGCACUCUUUUGUUUCAUGUCUUUAGUCUUGCCAUCGUGCUGUUUAAGUUUAUAGUUAAAUUGUCUUUCAUGCCAUUGAGCAAGUGUUUUUGUUUUCCCUGUUUUGUAUAUAUUAUAUAAUAAACAACUAUGUACUCACGUCCACGCCUCGCUUGUGUUGAUCCUCAUCUGCAUCGAAGAAACAAUCCAUGUCCAAGCCAAGUUGUGACAAUUACAAGUUAGAGUGCAUAAAAACAUUUAAAAAACAUAAGUGUUCUUGACUUGCAUAGAUAUUGUGAAUGAUCGGCAAAAUUUUAAUAACAAGGUGCAGUCCCCCUAAAAUGAAACACCGUCAUCAAAAAACUACCUAGCAACUAAGAAUAAGGACAUCCUGAAAUCCAAAAUGUGAUUUUACAAGAGUGGAUUGAUAUUCGUCCAAAAGUUGUUGUUGUUUUUUUAAAACAAGUAUUGUCUUCUACAAGGCGUGUCAUAAACUUUCCAAAACUGCUGAUAUAAUCACUUUCUGAUUCUUGAUUGUCCAUCUGACCUUGACAUGUUCCUCUUUCCAAUGGACGUUUCCAUGCAAGAGGUCACAGGGGUGCAAGUCAAAGAGCUUCUCGUUUCCCUCUAUCCGCUCGGCCACACGGAAGCAAAACUGUUCCAAGGAGCUCCCCGAGGGGACCCCGUUUUAAAGACGUGGACCCCUUCCAGGAGUGUUUAAAGGCGUGGCAGGGAAAGCAAAGAUUGUCCCCUGGGUCCAAGUGUUCAAAGGUAAUCUGAUUGAAAAUUUGGAUAAAUCCUUGGAAAUCAGUUGUUUGAAGCCAAAAGUGAUUCUGAAAUCAGAUUAUGUUGCAUAAUAUUAUAUGUAUGUAUUUUAAUCUGCGUCAUUAAAAAACUGAGUUAUUCUGAUCCGGGCAGUUUAUUGGAACUCGGUAACAAAAUGUAAUUAAAAUCAAAUGAUCAAUCAAUCAAUGUUUAUUUAUAUAGCCCUAAAUUAAAAGUGUAUCAAAGGGCUACACAAGCCACUACGACAUCCUUGGUUCAGACUCCACAUAAGGGCAAGGAAAAACUCACAACCCAGUGGGAUGUCAAUGUGAAUGACCAUGAGAAACCUUGGAGAGUACCGCAGAUGUGGGUGACCCCCACACCCCUCUAGGGGAGACCGGAUGCAAUGGACGUCGAGUGGGUUUAGCAUAAUAUUGUGAAAGUCCAGUCCAUAUUGGGUCUAACAUAAAAUUGAGAUAUCCCAGUCCAUAGUGGGGCCAGCAAGAGACCAGCAAGUCCCCAACUGAUGCACAGGCGAGCGGUCCACCCCGGGUCCUGACUCUGGACAGCCAGCACUUCAUCCAUGGCCACCGGACCUGUGCUCCCCCUUCCACAAGGGCGAGGGGGGCAGAGUAAAAAAAAAAAAAAAAAAACGGCAGAUCAACUGUGUUAAAAAGAGGUCUAUUUAAAGGCUUGAGUAUACAAAUGAGUUUUAAGAUGGGACCUAUAUGCUUCUACUGAGGUAGCAUCUCUAAUUUUUACCGGGAGGGCUUUCCAUAGUACUGGAGCCCUAAAGGAAAACGCUCUAUAGCCUGCAGACUUUUUUGGGGGCUCUGGAAAUCACUAAUAAGCCGGAGUUCUUUGAACGCAGAUUUCUUGCCGGGACAUAUGGUACAAUACAAUCACCAAGAUAAGAUGGAGCUACACUAUUUCGUAUUGUAUACGUAAGUAGUAAAACCUUAAAAUCACAUCCUAAGUGCACAGGAAGCCAGUGCAGGUGAGCCAGUUUAGGCGAAAUUUGAGAAGUGGUCAAAAAAAUAAUAUUCAUCAUGCUGUAGAUCAGGGGUGGGCAUUACGUCGAUCGCGAGCUACCGGUUGAUCGUGGAGGGUGUGUCAGUAGAUCGCCAGCCGGGCAUUAAAAAAUAGACUUAAGAAUUAACCAUCAUAUAUCGCGACUAAAACGUAAUUUUCGUCAUUUGAUUGACAUUCACGGCACUAGAGGGUCUUGUGAGAUGACGCUGGCUGCUGUCAGGUCAUUAAAGGGGAACAUUAUCACUAGACCUAUGUAAGCGUCAAUAUAUACCUUGAUGUCGCAGAAAAAAAAGACCAUAUGUUUUUUUAACCGAUUUCCGAACUCUAAAAGGGUGAAUUUGGCGAUUGAAACGCCUUUCAAUUGUUCACUGUCGGAGCGAUGACCUUUCACCCGUGACAUCCCAACAGGAAGCAAUCUGCCAUUUUUUCAAACACAUUACACACACCAAGUCAAAUCAGCUCUGUUAUUUUCAGUUUUUUGGACUAUUUUCCAUACCUUGGAGACAUUAUGCCUCGUCGGUGUGUUGUCGGAGGGUGUAACAACACGGACAGGGACGGAUUCAAGUUGACUUACGUGGAGUGUGCUAAUCAGACAUAUCAAUGGUCAUGGCAUGCUAAUCGAUGCUAACAUGGUAUUUAGGCAAGCUGUAUGUACAUAUUGCAUCAUUAUGCCUCAUUUGUAGCUAUAUUUGCAUCCAGCCUUUCCCUCCACCCACAUUUAAUGCCAAACAAACACAUACCAAUCGACGGAUUCAAGUUGCAGCAGUGGUCAAAAGAUGUGAAAGUCCCUUGUUUGUUCUGUUCUGUCGUAGCAUUGCUACCGACGAUAGCGAUGCUAUGACAGAGACAUGUGGAUAUCCUGCGACACUCAAAGCAGAUGCAUUUCCAACGAUAAAGUCAACGAAAUCACAACGGUGAGUUUUGUUGAUGUUAUUGACUUAUGUGCUAAUCAGACAUAUUUGCGCACGGCAUGACUGCAAGCUAAUCGAUGCUAACAUGCUAUUUAGGCUAGCUGUAUGUACAUAUUGCAUCAUUAUGCCACAUUUGUAGCUAUAUUUGCAUCCAGCUUUUCCCUCCACCAACAUUUAAUGCCAAACAAACACUUACCAAUCGACGGAUUCAAGUUGCACCAGUGGUCAAAAGAUGCAAUCGUUGGUUAGAAGGCGGUCGCCGAAUUCGUCCUCGUUGCCGCAGUCUGUCGUGAUAUGGCUCAAUAGCUUCAGUUUCUUCUUCAAUUUCCUUUUCGCUAUCUGCCUCCACACUCCCACCAUCUGUUUCAAUACAUGGGUAAUCUGUUGAAUCGCUUAAGCCGCUGAAAUUCGAGUCUGAAUCCGAGCUAAUGUCGCUUUAUCUUUCUCUUCUAUCCGCCAUGUUUGUUUGUAUUGGCAUCACGCAGUGACGUCACAGGAAAAUGGACGGGUGGCUAUAGCGUUGGUGAUUCUGGAAUUGUGAUAAUGUUCCCCUUUAAGAAAAAAUGACCGAAAAGAGGGCAAGAAACACUUUUUAUUUCAACAGAGUCCCGUGCCCUACCUGCUGUAAAAGCUCUAAAAACCGACUGCACAGUACCUGUGGUCACAUUAAAAGCCCUGCUUCAUUAUCCUGCCUGCGCUAACAAAAUAAGAGUCUCAGAAAGCUAGCGUGCACAAGCUAGCAAACCACAGAUUUUGCCGCCAAUGUAUUUCUUGUAAAGUGUGUUGCACCUUUCUUGCUUCCGGGGCCUAGACUGUAGUCAAAGAGCGCAGGGGAGACACUUCUCCAGGGCCGAUGGAUUCUCACCUUUCACUUUAGCCGGCAGUGGGGUCUUCACAAUUCCGGACUCCAGGGCAAAAUGACGAGUCCAGCGAUUAAUUGCAAAUUGUGGCUUUUUAUUUAUGUCUUGCACACAGUUAAAUCCCACACAAAACACAAGCCACUCCCCCGCCCUCAGCGACCGCUCCCUCUCCUCCCUCGCCCACACACUCACUGACGUCACUCACCUGCUGUCACACAUUGAAGGGCCACACACACAUACGCUACUCUCAUAACAAGUGUAUACAAACGAGUAUGGGAGCUGGACAAAUAAGAUGCCAAAAACCAACCACUUCCAUGUGGUAUUGGACAGAAAGGAGGACUUUUGUUAUCCUCCAUUCAAAAAUGUGGACAUCAUCACUACUGUGAAUCCUGUCUGAUUCCAAUCAAUGCAAGUCAUCAGAAUCAGGUAAUACACUUAUAUUCUUGUCUUCACCAAAGAAAGGAAUCUAUAUGUGUUAAACAUGCUUAUAUUAUUAUUAAACACAGUUAAAGGCCUACUGAAACCCACUACUACCCACCACGCAGUCUGAUAGUUUAUAUAUCAAUGAUGAAAUAUUAACAUUGCAACACAUGCCAAUACGGCCUUUUUAGUUUACUAAAUUGCAAUUUUAAAUUUCACGGGAGUUUAUUCUUGAAAACGUCGCGUAAUGAUGACGUGUAGGUGUGAUGUCACGAGCUGUUAGGAAAUAUGAGCGCUGCGCACACACACAGCUAAAAGUCGUCUGCUUUAACCGCGUAAUUACACAGUAUUUUGGAGAUCCGUGUUGCUGAAUCUUUUGCAAUUUGUUCAAUUAAUAUUGGAGAAGUCAAAGUAGAAAGAUGGAGUUGGGAAGCUUUAGCCUUCAGCCACACAAAAACACGGUGAUUACUUGUUUGAAAUUCCCAGAGGUGAAACUUUACUACGGAUCACAGCGAACAUGGAUCCCGACCGAAUGUCAAACGGCAGGUUUCGGUGAGAAAAUUGUGGUAAAAAGUCGCUUUUUACCGGAGAUCAGCUGAGCUUGUGCCGCCCAUAAAGCUGCCGUCGACUUCCCUGAGACACUGCGCGUCAACACACCCGUGGAGACACCCCUUCGACUAUCAGGUACUGUUAAACUCACUAAAACACUAGCAACACAAAAGGAAGAGAAGGGAUUUCCCAGAAUUAUCCUAGUAAAUGUGUCUAAAAACAUCUGAAUCCGUCCCAAUGCAAUCACGUUUUUUUUUGUUUUUGUUUUUUCUAGUCCGUCGCUAUCAAUAUCCUCAAACAUGAAUAUUUCAUCCUCACUCAAAUUAAUGGGGAAAUUGUUGUUUUCUCGAUCCGAAUAGCUCUUUUUGUUGGAGGCUCACAUUAUAAACAAUGAGAAGAUGUGAGGAGCCAUCAACAUGUGACGUCAUCGUCUGCGACUUCCGGUAGAGGCAGGGCUUUUCUAUUAGCGACCAAAAGUUGCGAACUUUAUCGUCGAUGUUCUCUACUAAAUUCUUUCAGCAAAAAUAUGGCAAUAUCGCGAAAUGAUCAACUACGACACAUAGAAGGGACCUGCUAUUCCCGUUUAAAUAAGAAAAUCUAAUUUCAGUAGGCCUUUAACUUGUAAAUCAAAUACUUAUCUUUCAUGAAUAAAUAAAUAUACAUUAUAUAUAUGAAUGAGGUAGAUCCCUUUGACUUGGUCAAUUGAAAAGUAGCUCGCCUGCAGAAAAAGUGUGGGCACCCCUGCUGGAGAUACACAUAUAUUUAUUGAUCUUGUUUAAACUGGUUGAUCAAACCCAUCCAUCGAUCCAUUUUCUACGGCUUGUCCCUUUUUGGGUAGCAGGGUGUUCUGCAGCCUAUCUCAGCUGCAGUCGGGCGGAAGGCGGUGUACACCCUGGACAAGUUGCCACCUCAUCACAGGGCCAACACAGAUAGACAGACAACAUUCACACACUAGGGACUAUUUAGUGUUGCCAAUCAACCAAACAAUUGAAAUAAACAAACCUAACACUGAAGCAAAAAAGUAUUCAAUUCUGACGCUAUUUGAAUACGUAAUAUUUGCAGACACAUCCAACAAUCCUUGUUUAAAAAUAGUUUCUGAAAAUUGCGUCUCUGUUGUUGUUUAUUAUUAUUUUUUUUUUUUAUGUUUAAAGGUUGACAUGUUUAAUUACAGCACAUGAAAUAUAGCUUUGUUCUUGUUUUUUAUACCUAGUGUGGCACUGAUGUUGGCUGGUCAGGAGACAUUGAAAAUGAGGUACACUAUAUUGCCAAAAGUAUUUGGCCACCCUUCCAAAUGAUAAAAAUCAGGUGUCCUAAUCACAAGUGUAUACAAUCAAGCAUUUCGGCAUGGAGGCAGUUUCUACAAACAUUUGUGAAAGAAUGGGCCGCUCUCAGUGAUUUCCAGCGUGGAACUGUCAUAGAAUGUCACCUGUGCAACAAAUCCAGUUCUGAAUUCUCCCCGCUCCUAAAUAUUCCAAAGUCAACUGUCGGCUUUAUUAUAAGAAAAUGGAAGCGUUUGGGAACAACAGCAACUCAGCCACCAAGUGGUAGGCCACGUAAACUGACAGAGAGGGGUCAGCGGAUGCUGAAGCGCAUAGUGCAAAAACUUUCUGCACAGUCAGUUGCUACAGAGCUCCAAACUUCAUGUGACCUUCCAAUUAGCCCACGUACAGUACGCAGAGAGCUUCAUGGAAUGGGUUUCCAAGGCCAAGCAGCUGCAUCUAAGCCAUACAUCACCAAGUCCAAAGCAAAACGUGGGAUGCAGUGGUGUAAAGCACGUCGCCUUUGGACUAGAGCAGUGGAGACGCCUUCUCUGGAGUGAUGAAUCCCGCUUUUCCAUCUGGCAAUGUGAUGAACCAGUCUGGGUUUGGAGGUUGCCAGUAGAAUGGUACAUUUUGUACUGCAUUUUGCCGAGUGUGAAAUUUGGUGGAGGAGGAAUUAUGGUGUGGGGUUGUUUUUCAGGAGUUAAUCUUGGGCAUUUAGUUCCAGUGAUAUGUACUUUGAAUGUUCCAUGAUACCAAAACAUGUUGGACAAGUCCCUGCUCCCAACUUUUUGGGAACAGUUUGGAGUGGGCCCCUUCCUCUUCCAACAUGACUGUGCACAAAAGACAUGGAUGACAGAGUCUGGUGUGGAUGCACUUGACUGGCCUGCACAGAGUCCUAACCUGAACCCGAUAGAGCACCUUUGGGAUAAAUUAGAAAGGAAACUGAGAGCCAGGCCUUCUUGAUCAACAUCAGUGUGUGACAUCACCAAGAUGCUUCAGAAGAAUGGUGGAAAAUUCCUAUAAACACACUCCGCAACCUUGUGGACAGCCUUCCCAGAAAAGUUGAAGCUGUAAUAGCUGGAAAAGGUCAUAUUGAACCCUGUGGGUUAGGAAUGGGAUGGCACUUCAAGUCAAGGCAGGUGGCCGAACAUUUUUGGCAAUAUAGUGUAUUUUUAAAUUUUUUUUAUUAAAAUAAACAUACUGAGUGUUUUUGAAAUUUCCAGUUUUUCCAGUUGUUCUUACAUACCCUGGCAGCCUUCAAAUUGAUACGCAGUUUAAUUUGAGCACACAUUUGGUAGUCUUGAAAAGUUUGGAUUGAAUCCAAUCCAAACUUUGCUUUAAAACUCUGUACCCCGUGAGGGACAAGCGGUAGAAAAUGGAUCCAUGGGUAAAUGUAAAACAGAUUAUGUGAUCCUGGAUGACAAAGCAAGGGAUUUUAACAUUUUGAUCCACAAUACACUGUUUGAACAACUGGGCCCAGGGGAUUACUUCCAAUGGGAAAAUCUAUAAUGACACCAGUCCUGGAAUUGGGGUUCGUCUUUUAGAAAUGCCUACAGUGGUAUCCUGGCUGGUGAAGGUUUUCUAUAUUUAGUCCAUCAGGUUCAAACACUGAUAACAUCCAUUAAAACAGACUAGAAGGAAGGAAUCAUGCAGAGACAGAGUUAAAUUUUGCUAAAUUGAGGAAAGACGUUAUUUGGGCUGUACUCUAGUUACAUAUCCCAUUUUCACUCUAAAGUCCAGCCCACGUGCUUCCUCUAAUUAUUUGGGAGGUCCCUGGUUACAUCACUGAAGCUGUCGCUAAGGGAAAUAGGUAAUCUCGACAGUUCCAGUUAGAAACAAUAUAUCACUAUACAAGAAAUGCAAAUGUGUUGACACUGGUGAUAUAGCCUUGUCUCUAGUCUGUCUGCGUCAGGGCGGUGUUCGGCCUUGGCAGUCAGCAGGCCGUUCCUGGACACAGACAUUGAUACGAGACGGGCUUGAAAUAUUUUGGAUUGCCAGCUUUGCACGGACAAAGAAAAAUACCACUUCAGCACAAUUAAUAUUAACUAUAGCAACGGCCCUUAAACAUAAGAGUUGUGUGAUAAUAAAUGCAUAUUAUUCUAAUACCGUCUUAGUUAGCACAGUCAAACACUGCGUUUAACAAAGUAGUUUGUUUUAUUGGCGUAUCAUUCUGCAGUCAGGUCCCAAAAAAUCCCGUGCGUCAGUGAAGGAGUAAAGUUGCAAAUAGCAGCACUUUGAUAAAGAAGGUGGGGAAAAAAAGAAAAUGUAGCAAAGUACAAAGGUGUUCUCUCCUCUCCCAUUUUCCCUCUCUGUUGAGCACAGUAUUCACAGUAAAGUUUAAUGUUUAUUUUCCCCAUAUUAUGUGUUAUUUAUAUGUACAGUAGGUCUGGAUUACUUUUUUUGCUUCAUCCCUCACUUAAAGAGUGAGUGACAAAUGUGAGAAAGAGAAAGAGAUGAUACAGUAUAAUCUGCUCACAGAUGCUACCCGGUGGUGGUUUGAACACACUGCAGCUCGUUCUGGAUAAAUUAACCAACCUUCACUCCAUAAUUCCUCAGUCACAUGCAGGAUUCUCAUGGGAAUGAGGCAAAAACGAAUCCAGACCUACAGUACCUCACAAUGUGUCUCCAUGUAAACCUAAGAUCCUUUUCUAUAAAUCGGGGUGUCUGGAAGGGAUUCAUUGGAUUUAUAUUAUAUUUAAUGUGAAACAAAUUUGUUUUUCUUUUCAUACGAUUUGAUCUUCUUCCGACCUUUUGGGACAUGUUAAUAACUAAACUGGGGUACCACUGCUAUAGAGUGAGAAAGCCUCAACGACUCUCUCUUCAGAGGAGUCAGAGCUUUUCUUCCUGUCACGGUCUUGGAAAAAAAAAAAGAGGUACUCUAUAGUCGGGUCAGUUUGGUACUUUUUGCAGUGGAGAACGACCCUCAACUUCAACGGCAACCUUUGGGUGAGGCCGGCACGAUUGCAUGGCCUCUGCAAGGUUUUGGGAGACUGACUGUGCCCUACACCUCAAUCUCCAGAUGGAAGAGAGACUUCUCUACGUACAAGAAAUACUCUGCUGGCUAUGCAUACAAUAUGCUGUAUGAAAA